AUGCCACCAACACUAAGAAGAACACCGGAAUGACUGUCUAUGACAAUCUAUCUUAAUCCACACUUGGUUCUCAUAGCUACAAGUUUUGUUACUGUUAACGCCCCAGACAGAUUUUCGUGAUCCCAGCCCUGUGGUACUCCUGCGUGGAGCUCCUCCCAACUAAUCUUCAUCAAUUCGUUGCAGCUUUAGUCUCGAAUUCAUAGUCAUAACCACUCCUUAAAAUGAACCGGCUAUUCGGCGCAAAGAGCGCUGCUCCCAAGCCCAGCCUCGACGGCGCCAUACAAAAUGUUGAAGCCCGCGUCUCCAACCUAGACGUCAAGCUCGCUGCACUCAACGCGGAAUUAUCCACCUACCAGUCCAAACUCUCCAAGAUGCGCGACGGCCCGGGCAAAUCUGCCCUCCGUCAGAAAGCCCUCAAAGUCCUCCAGCGACGCAAGCAAUAUGAAGCCCAGCGAGACCAAUUAACCCAGCAAUCCUGGAAUAUGGAGCAAGCGGGCAUGAUGCAGGAUAAUCUACGGAAUGUGAUGACCACAGUGGAUGCGAUGAAGACGACUACGAAGACGCUGAGACAACAGUAUGGCAAGAUCGAUGUUGAUAAGAUCGAGCGUCUGCAGGAUGAGAUGCAGGAUUUGAUGGAUAUUGGGAAUGAGAUACAGGAUAGUAUCAGCCGUUCGUAUGAUAUACCGGAAGAUGUGGACGAGGCAGAGUUAGAUGCGGAGCUGGAAAUGUUAAAUGAAGAAGUAAUGCUUUCUCCCGAAGAAGGGUUGCCGUCAUUCAUGCAGGACGAAGUUGCCCCACCGUCAUUCAUCGAUGAACCACCAGAACAGAACAAGGUUAAAGAGGCUGCAGGUGGAAUUGAAUGAUAUCCAAUUUGCACUUAUUUCAUUUCUCCCCACUGAACUUUUUGGUGCUUUAGGGGCUUUCUAUUUCCC